CAUUUAAUGGUAGUAGGGGUGUCAGAGAAUGAUAUAUUAAGACAACCAGUAGCUUCAGGUGAAAUAAAAUGGCACAGCUGAAAAAGUCGACAGAACCCAGCAACAAAUACCAGAAAUCCCAACUGUUCUGAUUCCGUGGACUCCUUGAAGUCUCUAGUAAUUUUCGUUCAAAUUUUUUUCUGAAACAAAUCCUCUGAAUACAAAAUUAAGAACGAGGCUCGAUGCUCUCUAUAAUCUAGGGAUCUACGUUUUAAUUUUUAAAAAUAAUCAUUCGUUCAAGAGAAAAACGUGAGCAAAGUUUCCAUUUACUGCUAAAGUGCAACAGAAAUGUGACGUUCGUCGACUUGAAUUUGAGAGAAAAAAACUCAGACCUCUUUUGCUAAAAACCAGACACUGGACUAAAUUACAGACAUCACUGGACCAAAGGUUUAAUUCAAAGUAAUUCCUUAUCUAGAUUCACAAGACGUAAUCAGCGACGGUAUAAAUUUUUUGAAAAGGACACGACUCCUGGAUCCAUCUCAUUAAAAUUAAUGGCUGCUAAUUAUACUAUUCAUUUAAUAACGAAGUCUACUACAUUUAAUAAAAUUCUGACGUUAAUUAUCACAUUCAAGUGCAAUUUGAAAUCUUAAUUGAUAAUUAAAUAAAUAAAUAUGCUAAGUAAUUUUUUUACUUUUUAAUUCAGUUCAAAAUUAAAGACUUUCUUCUUUACCGACCGCAAUAAUUCGCGCGUGUCGGCUUUCGUGCUCAGUUCGGUUCCAGCACCUGGGCUCGAUUGACGUUUUUUAAAAAUAAAAACAAACUUGAGCACAUCAGUAAAAAAUAAAUGAAUUAAAUAAAACAAGACAAUAAUAAAAAUAAUCAACAUCAGCCACGUGGGCCGAAAAUUUACAUGACACGAAUAAAAUACAGUUUCAAUUCCGGAAACGGUAUAAUAUGUAGAAGAGGAAUUUUAAAAAUGAUAAGGUUAUCAAGUACGUUGUCAUAAAUUUAAAUACUAAAUAUUAUAUAUAUAUAUAAAAUUAAGUAUAGAUGCAUAAGAGAAGACAUCAGAAUCUCAAGUAUCAAGAACUGGUACUGAUUUAAAUAAUAAAUAUUAAAUAAAAUAGUGACAGUGGCAUCAAGAUGCAAGUUAGUGAGCAUGCAUUAUGGAAUCAGAUAUCAUCAGCAUUAUUCUACGGAGUGUCGUCAUUUUUAAUCACCGUCAUCAACAAAACUGUGCUGACGACAUACAAUUUUCCAUCAUUCCAAGUACUGGGUCUCGGGCAGAUGUUAUCGACGAUAAUUAUCCUGUAUGUCGCUAAAAAACUCCACUAUGUUGACUUUCCUAACCUAGAAGUAUCAACACUACCUAAAAUAUUUCCUCUGCCGCUUAUUUAUAUUGGGAACAUGAUAUUUGGUACACUACUAAGAAGAUAUUCAACCGCAUCCGGUAAUGAGUUUGCCGACUUUUAUCUCAAGAAUCACGUAGAGUUGACGAGUCUCCAGCGCGCGGUUCUCGCUGGAGGUUCUGCUGUUGUUUCGCUAAUAGAUCCAUCACGCGGAGAUAUGAUUGCUUGUCUCGGCGAAACAACGGGCACACAGGCCUUGAAAUACUGCCACCAACGCAUGCUAUUAUCGCCCGAAGGUGCUAAAAUCCUGAGUGAUAAGCCUCGUAUCAAUACCAAGACCGUGGACUUUUCUCAGCUGAAAGAGCUGCCCGAUAAUACUCUCGGAAAAAUUUACUAUGACUUUUUAUCAGUAAACAAAGUAUCACCGGAUUCAAGGGAUGACGUUAAAUUUAUAGAUGACACAGAGUUAGCAUACGUGAUGCAAAGAUAUCGCGAAGUUCACGAUAUAUUUCAUGCAGUUCUGUUGAUGCCAACAACUAUGCUCGGUGAAGUGAGUGUCAAGUGGGUGGAAGCACUUCAAACCAAGUUACCCAUGUGUAUCGGCGGCGCAUUGUUCGGUGCUGCUCGUCUACGUCCUCGCCAAAGAAAACUCUACGUCAAGUAUCAUCUGCCUUGGGCUAUAAAUACUGGAAAAAAUUCCGGGUUUCUUUUAAAUACGUACUUUGAAAAAAGGUGGGAACAAUCACUUGAUGACUUCCACAGGGAAAUGAACAUACACCGGCUGGUAUAAAUUAAUUUUUAUGUAUAAUAGACUGUAAAAAAUCGGAGUAAUUACGGAUUUUAUUUUAAUCUGAAUUCACUCGGAGUCCUAGAGUAAAAAAAAAAUCACUCCGUACAAGGAGUAAAUAUGGAGUUCAUUUUUUUAGUGGAGUAAUUUUGGAGGGAUUUAAAUUUUAUUUAAAUUUACAUUCACUCCGAUUUGAAACUUUAAUAUCAAAGUAAACUCCGGAGUGAAUUUAACUCCGACGGGAUUAAAUAAAUAGUCACGCACUCCGGAUUUAAUCCGUAUUCACUCCGCAAUUUUUUACAGAAAUUUUAU